ACCUGAAGCAACUUGUUCUAGUGUCACUCAACAAGUUAGUGGCAGAACUGGGAAUAGAAAUUGUGACUGUCCUUUUCUCCUCUCUACUGUUCUGUCUACCAGACAGCUCCUUCUUUCAACCAUACACUGCUCUCAAAUGAUGCAUAUCCAUUCAGAAUGCAACUGCAAAGAUCAUUUUUUUAGCCUGUUGCUUUGACAAUGUCACUCCUCUUUGCAUUCCUCCACUGGCUUUCCCCUCUCUAGCACAUCAAACAUAGACUGUUUAUCUUCAUUUUCAAGGCUUUCUGCAGUCAGUUCCUGCUCUGUGUACCAUCUGUUAUAUGCUGUUGAGCUGUCAAUGCUCACUUCCACUAGUUUGAAAGCCUAGCAUGAGCCCUGCAAGCCCAAUUCUGUUAACCCAGGCUUAGAGGCUCACUGCUGCAGGCUAUAUAAAUGUUCACAUUGAUUUCUAUGACACUGCUUAAUUAAACAAGUGUAAGUGUAUGUAGAAUUGGGAUCUGAUACUGUAGACUAUACUUAAAAUGCAGUUCUGCUCUGAAAACUAAUUUGCCUUACAUAAAAAUAUUAUAGCAAAAGCAUUUUACUGCUUUACAUUUUAUGUUUAUUUUAGAGACAAUAUUGGAUUCUGCAGUGAAAUCAGAGUUUAAAUAUUAAGGAUGGAGCUAGCUCACAGUCUGUUGCUAAAUGAAGAGGCUUUGGCUCAAAUAACAGAAGCAAAGAGGCCGGUCUUUAUUUUUGAGUGGUUGCGGUUUCUGGAUAAAGUGAUUGUAGCUGCCAACAAGAUAGAUGUCAAGGAAAAACAAAAGAAGCUUGUGGAACAACUUACUGGACUCAUUAGCAGUUCCCCUGGGCCACCCACACGGAAAUUACUAGCUAAAAAUCUUGCUGCUCUCUAUAGCAUUGGUGAUACAUUUACUGUCUUUCAGACAAUUGAUAAGUGUAAUGACAUUAUCAAGAGUAAAGAUGAUACUGCUGCUUAUUUACCAACCAAAUUGGCUGCAGUUGCAUGUGUUGGAGCUUUUUAUGAAAAAAUGGGCAGGAUGCUGGGCAGUUCUUUUCCAGAAACAGUUAAUAAUCUCUUAAAGUCUCUGAAAAGUGCAGAGUCUCAGGGCCGAAGUGAAAUAUUAAUGAGUUUACAGAAAGUUCUAAGUGGGCUGGGUGGUGCCGCAGCUUCAUGCCACCGUGAUAUUUAUAAGAAUGCACGGUCUAUGCUGACGGAUAGAUCAAUGGCUGUACGAUGUGCAGUAGCUAAGUGCCUACUGGAACUACAGAACGAAGCAGUAUUUAUGUGGACUGCUGAGCUAGAAAAUGUAGCAACGCUUUGUUUUAAAGCCCUGGAAAACUCAAAUUAUGGUGUACGAGUUGCAGUGUCGAAGCUUUUGGGGACAGUCAUGGCUACAGCAUUGAUACCAAAACAAGCAACAGUGAUGCGUCAGAAUGUGAAGCGGGCUACCCUGGAGGAAGUCUUAGAACUUAUGGCCACUGGGUUUCUUCGAGGAGGGUCAGGAUUCCUAAAAAGUGGUGGUGAGAUGUUGAAAGUAGGAGGGUCUGUCAAUCGGGAAGUGCGAGUUGGUGUCACACAGGCAUAUGUUGUCUUUGUUACAACACUAGGAGGUCAGUGGUUGGAGCGUAAUUUUGCUACAUUUUUGUCCCAUGUCCUGGAUCUGGUGUCUCAUCCUCGUGCAACUCAGACUCAUGUAGAGGCAGUAUACUCUCGAAGAUGUGUGUCAUUUAUCCUGAGAGCAACCGUAGGCAGUUUAUUAGGGGAGAAAGCACAGAUUGCAGCUGCCAAAGAUAUUUGUCAAGCCAUUGAUAAGCAAAUGAAGGCAGUGGAAGCAGUUGUGAAUGAUACGAACAGUGAAAAUAAAUCAGGAGCUGCUGAUGUAGCUGCAAGCCAACAUGUGAUGGUUUGCGCACUUCAAGAACUAGGUAGCCUGGUACAGAGUCUGAAUGCCACAGCAUCUCCACUCAUACAAGAACCCUCUAUAGGAUUACUGGAGACAGUAACCUCAGUUCUUCUUCAUCCAAGCAUGGCUGCUCGACUAGCUGCUGCAUGGUGCUUGCGCUGUGUAGCUGUGGCACUGCCUUACCAGUUGACUCCCUUUCUGGAUAGGUGUGCAGAAAGACUCAACAAUCUGAAGACUUCACCAGAGGCUGUUAGUGGCUACAGUUUUGCAAUGGCUGCUUUACUAGGUGGAGUACAUCAGUGUCCCUUAGGUAUUCCUCAUGCAAAGGGAAAAAUGGUAGUCAGUAUUGCGGAGGAUCUGUUACGAACUGCUGCUCAAAAUAGCAGACUGUCCUUACAGCGCACUCAAGCUGGGUGGCUUUUAUUAGGUGCACUUAUGACUUUAGGUCCUUCAGUUGUUCGGUACCAUCUACCUAAGAUGCUGCUGCUAUGGCGAAAUGUAUUUCCUCGUUCUCUAAAGGAGCUGGAGGCAGAGAAGGCCCGAGGAGACUCUUUUACUUGGCAAGUAACAUUGGAAGGUCGUGCUGGAGCUCUGUGCGCUAUGAGGAGUUUUGUUGCUCACUGUCCUGAGCUCCUUACUGAAGAUGUGAUCAGAAAACUAAUGACACCUAUAGAAUGUGCCAUGACAAUGAUGUCACACAUUCCAUCAGUAAUAAAAGCCCAUGGAGCUCAUCUUAAAGCUAGCGCAGCUAUGGUUCGUUUAAGACUUUAUGACAUUUUGGCUUUGUUACCUCCAAAAACGUAUGAAGGAUCAUUUAAUGCACUCCUUCGGGAGCUGGUGGCAGAAUUCACUUUGACAGACAAUUCUGCUAAUACAACUACAUCACUGCUUAGAUCUCUUUGCCAUUAUGAUGACAGUGUUCUUCUUGGUUCUUGGCUACAGGAAACUGAUCAUAAAUCAAUUGAAGAUCAGCUUCAGCCAAACAGUGCAUCUGGAAGUGGUGCUUUGGAGCAUGACCCAUCUUCCAUUUAUUUGCGCAUCCCAGCUGGUGAAGCUGUGCCUGGCCCCCUUCCUCUUGGAGUAUCAGUCAUUGAUGCCUCUGUGGCACUCUUUGGUGUGGUUUUUCCUCAUGUUUCUUACAAACACAGGCUACAAAUGUUAGAUCACUUUGCUGAAUGCGUCAAACAGGCUAAAGGUGUCCGCCAACAAGCUGUGCAGCUUAAUAUCUUCACUGCUGUUCUCAGCGCAUUGAAGGGUUUAGCUGAGAAUAAAAGCACAUUAGGACCAGAAGAAGUUCGCAAAUCUGCUUUGACAUUGGUUAUGGGUGCCCUUGACAAUCCUAAUCCCAUUUUGAGAUGUGCAGCAGGAGAGGCACUUGGCAGAAUGGCUCAGGUAGUUGGAGAAGCAACUUUCAUCGCCAGAAUGGCUCAGUACAGUUUUGACAAGUUAAAAUCUGCUCGAGAUGUUGUGUCAAGAACUGGUCAUUCAUUGGCUCUUGGCUGUCUCCAUCGUUAUGUGGGUGGCAUAGGUUCUGGGCAGCAUCUGAAAACCAGUGUCAGUAUUCUGUUGGCACUGGCACAAGAUGGAACCUCACCUGAAGUCCAGACCUGGUCUCUCCAUUCACUUGCCUUGAUAGUGGACUCUAGUGGGCCAAUGUACCGGGGAUAUGUGGAGCCUACUCUGUCUCUAGUUCUUACCCUACUCUUGACAGUUCCACCAUCACAUACAGAAGUGCAUCAGUGUUUGGGCCGAUGUCUUGGAGCUAUAAUAACUACAGUUGGCCCUGAGCUGCAAGGUAAUGGACCUACUAUUUCAACAAUCCGUUCUUCAUGCUUGGUGGGAUGUGCGAUCACACAAGAUCACUCGGACUCCCUUGUUCAGGCAGCUGCAAUAUCAUGCCUGCAACAGCUUCACAUGUUUGCACCACGCCAUGUCAACCUCUCCAGUCUGGUUCCCAGCCUUUGUGUUCACUUGUGCAGUUCUCACUUACUGCUACGUCGGGCUGCAGUGGCAUGUUUACGACAGCUGGCACAGAGGGAAGCAGCAGAAGUGUGUGAAUAUGCCAUGAGCUUAGCAAAAAAUGCUGGUGAGAGAGAGAACAGUGGCAUCAUUGGUUCGCAGCGGGACAUUCAUUGCCGGCAUCAAGGAGUUAACAUAACAGAGACUGGCCUCGAGGGAGUUCUUUUUGGAAUGUUAGAUCGGGAGACUGAUCGAAAGCUGUGUUCUGAUAUUCAUGAUACCUUGGGACAUAUGCUUUCAUCCCUGGCAGUGGAAAAACUUUCACACUGGCUAAUGUUAUGUAAGGAUGUCCUAGCAGCUUCCAGUGAUAUGAGCACUGCAGCUCCUUUGGGAGGAGGAAAGGAUGAAGAAUUGGAGAAGAAAGAUGAGAUGGAUGAUGACACAAUGUUUACCACUCUGGGUGAAGAGGAUAAAUCAAAACCUUCUGUGGCUCCUCGCUGGGCCACUCGUGUAUUUGCUGCUGAUUGCUUGUGUCGAAUUAUCAUGCUGUGUGAGAAUGCGAACAAGGCUCACUUUGAUCUAGCCCUGGCCCGUUCAGCCAAACUCAGGAACCCUAAAAAUGAUCUUUUAGUGCUCCAUCUCUCUGACCUCAUCCGUAUGGCAUUCAUGGCUGCAACUGAUCACAGCAACCAGUUGCGGAUGGCUGGUCUCCAGGCACUUGAAGACAUUAUCAAGAAAUUUGCAUCAGUUCCUGAGCCAGAGUUUCCAGGUCAUGUGAUACUGGAGCAGUAUCAAGCUAAUGUUGGAGCUGCUCUAAGACCAGCUUUUUCCCAAGAUACUCCUUCUGACAUAACAGCAAAAGCCUGCCAGGUGUGCAGCACAUGGAUAGGAAGUGGGGUUGUAAGUGACCUGAAUGAUCUUCGCCGAGUUCACAAUCUCCUUGUUUCCUCCCUGGACAAAGUGCAAGCAGGAAAGGGGUCUUCCAGUCAGCCUUAUCGAGAGAGUGCCACGACUAUGGAAAAACUGGCAGUUUUGAAAGCUUGGGCCGAGGUGUAUGUUGUUGCUAUGAAAAUUAAAAAGGAAGCAGAAACCAAACCAAAGCGAGCAAUAAAGAGUACAGAUGAUGAUGAUGAUGAUUUUGGUACUGCAGAUGAGCUACCUCCAGACAGUUUGAUAACACUCGUACAACCUGAGCUGCCUAUUCUUAGUCGCCUUUGGCUAGCUGCAUUGAAAGACUAUGCUCUUCUGACUUUACCAGCUGAAUUUGCUAGUCAGCUUCCACCAGAUGGUGGAGCAUUCUACACUCCAGAGACAAUUGAUACAGCUAGACUGCACUACCGGAACUCUUGGGCUCCAAUUCUACAUGCAGUAGCACUCUGGCUAAAUAGUGCAGGAUUUGAUGCUUCUGAGUCACCUGAAGAAGCAGCUGUAGCAAUGCCAAAUUCACAGAAACGUGUUUCAUCUAUUAUGUUAAACCAGACACCUGGAACACCACCUACCACUAAAUCUUUGCCAGAGAUCAACAAAGAUAGAAUGCACUUGAUUUUAGGUGUUAGUAUACAAUUCCUCUGUUCUCCUAGGCCUGAGGAGCCUGUUGAACACGUCACAUCUUGUUUACAGGCACUGCACACUUUACUGGAUUCACCUUGUGCUAGAAUUCAUAUUGCAGAGGAUCAGCUCCUUGGUGUUGAACUUCUGAGUGUGCUGCAUCGACUCCUGUUGACCUGGGAUCCUCCUGCAGUCCAGUUGUUGGUUACUGGAGUUGUUCAGCAAAUAGUGAGAGCAGCUCAAGAUUAUCUUCAAGAAAAAAGGAACACUCUGAAUGAAGAUGACAUAAAGGAAAAAGAAACGUGCCUUGUUUUAGGAGAAGGUGGUGAGACUGGUGGUCUUGUGCCUGGAAAAUCUCUCGUUUUUGCAGCCAUGGAACUAUUAAUGUUUAUCCUAGUACGGCACAUGCCAUAUCUAAGCACAAAAAUGUCAGAUUCUCCAAAUCAUGCUUCUGCGAAAUCCCAGCUCUCUGAAGAAAGUGCUCGCCUUGUGGCUGCUACUGUUACCAUCUUGUCUGACUUGCCUUCUCUGUGCUCUCCAGCCGGAUGUAUGACAAUAUUACCUACAAUCCUGUUUCUGAUUACAAGGGUAUUGAAAGAAACGGCAGUAAAAUCAUUGGAUAAUCAAGUCUCACCACCAGUCAGCGCAGCUCUUCAGGCAAUAAAAACUAUUGUAACUCUUCCAAUGGCCAAGACCGAGGAAACUCAUAAGCAAUGGACCAGUCUUAUCCGUAGCACUCUGGCAUCUAUCUUGGAAUACUCCCAACCAGAAGGCUCUAAGCCUAUUCUUGAUGAAGUAAGCAUGCUAACGGCUAUCGCUCUCUUCCUUUGGUCUGCAAGUACAGAAAUAAUUGGAGUGCAGUCCUUACAGAACAGCUGCAUUAACAGAUUUAAAAAUGCAUUGAAUUCCUGUGAUCCUUGGGUUCAAGCCAAGUGUUACCAGCUUCUGCUUUCUGUAUUCCAACACUCCAACCGUGCCCUGUCAACUCCAUACAUCCAUUCAUUGGCACCAGUAAUGGUUGAGAAACUGAAAAGUGUAGAAAGUCACCGCCCAAACAACAACACAGAGCUGUUAGCAGUCCAGGAAGGAAUUAAAGUCCUUGAAACAUUGGUUGCCCUUGGUGAGGAGCAGAAUAGAGUCCAGUUGCUUGCUCUUCUAGUUCCAACUCUGAUCUCUUAUUUAUUGAAUGAAAGUGCUUUUGCUUCUGCAUCUACAGUAUCGAAAGAUCUUCAUGAGUUUGCACUACAGAAUCUAAUGCACAUUGGUCCCCUCUACCCUCAUGCGUUUAAGACAGUAAUGGGAGCUGCUCCUGAAUUGAAAACACGUCUAGAAACUGCAGUCCGGGCAAGUCAGGCCAGCAAAGCAAAAGCAGCUGCCAGGCAACCGCCACCCACAACGCAUUCUGUCCCCACAAUUAAACUUAAAACUAGCUUUUUUUGAAUUAUUUUGAGCAAUUAUUUUUGGGAUCAUUCAUACAAUUAAAAGUCAGAAGCACUACAUCAUUCCUUAUAUGCUAUUGCAUAUAUGUCUGUAUUUUGAAUUGUUUGUAUGUCAGAGGCAAUCUAAUAGCUUUAUGUGUAAUUACUUGAAAUUUAUGCAUUAUAAGGGAAGUAGUGUUACUAGUAUUUAUAUAGAUUUUUAAGAAAUUGAAUUUGUUUGAUCAUAUUUGUGAAUCCAUGUUAUAAAUUAUCCAUCAAAAAAU